AUGGAGUUUCCUCUUCUAUCCAUCUUCACUUUACUCAAUUUUGCAGUGGUGGUAACACACGCAGCUUUACCCCCUGAAGUUUACUGGAAGUCGAAGCUUCCCACAACUCCAAUACCAAAAGCCAUCACAGAUCUGCUUCACUCUGAUUGGGUGGAAGAGAAAAGCACCUCUGUGGGUGUAGGGAAGGGUGGCGUGAACGUUAACACAGGGAACGCAAAGCCUGGAGGCACUUCAGUGAACGUUGGAAAAGGAGGAGUGAAUGUUCAUGCAGGGAAUGGAAAGCCUAAAGGCACAUCUGUGAAUGUUGGGAAAGGUGGAGUGAAUGUAAACACAAGACCAAAGGGAAAGCCAGUGCAUGUUGGUGUGGGGAAAUCUCCAUUUGAUUACAAUUAUGCAGCCAGCGAGACCCAAUUGCAUGAUGAUCCCAACGUGGCACUCUUCUUCCUGGAAAAGGACUUGCAUCAUGGAACCAAAUUGAACUUGCACUUCUCUCACACAUCAAACGUUGAGGCCACAUUCUUGCCUCGUCCUGUGGCUGAUUCCAUACCCUUUUCAUCAAACAGGGUCAGUGACAUAUUGCACAGGUUCUCCAUCAAGGCAGGGUCAGAUGAGGCUGAAAUGGUGAAGAACACCAUCAGUGAGUGCGAAGAGCCUAGCAUCAGAGGAGAGGAAAAGCGUUGCGUGACUUCCCUUGAGUCCAUGGUUGAUUUCGCGACUUCGAAACUUGGAAACAAUGUUGAUGCCGUCUCCACAGAAGUGGGAAAAGAGAGGGAGUUGCAAGAAUACACAAUGGCAGCAGGAGUUAAGAAGUUGGGUGAGGAGAAGGGUGUUGUGUGCCACAGUGAGAAAUACCCUUAUGCAGUGUUCUACUGUCACAAAUCAGAUAGCAUUAGAACCUAUUCUGUCCCAUUGGAGGGUGCUGAUGGAAGCAGGGUCAAAGCAGUUGCAGUGUGUCACACUGACACAUCAAAUUGGAAUCCCAAGCAUUUGGCCUUCCAAGUGCUUAAAGUUCAACCAGGAACUGUUCCCGUCUGUCACUUCCUCCCUCAGGAUCAUGUCGUCUUUGUUCCUAAAUAA